AUGAAGAAGCUCUUAGUCUUGUUGAAACAGGCCCCCAGUCCCCACCCUCCACAGGACGAGCUGGUGCAAUUGGCUGGACGGUUCUGCCGUGAUUUCCGAGAUAACCCUCUGGAGCUGGAGCCGUUGGUCGAGGCUCUGAUUAAAUCCGAGUACCUGAAGUAUUUCCUCACCAAUUCCGACGUGGUCCGAGCUUGUGUGCUCUUCUACGUGCACAGGAGGCAACAUCAGGCGGCUUGCAGGCUAUUGGAGGGCUGCAAGGCUGUGGAAGACAGGAAGGAGUUGGUGCAACUGUGGAACGAGAUUCAUUACCACAGGACCAUGGACAAGUACAAUGCCAACUUCCUGACACCGGUGCAGAGGUAUCGUUCCAGGAAGAGGAAUCCUCCCCCACCUUCCCUCUGUCCUGAGGGUGUGAAGACCCGAAAUCACCCAAAAGAGGUGCGCCAGAAACUGCUGAAGUUUGCCUUGGAAGUGACGGCCCAUCCUAAUAAGGAGCAGCAGGAGAGCUUGGCUGUAGAGACCAACCUGCACGUUCACCAGAUCACUAACUGGUUUGCUAAUUACCGUCGUCGUUACCCGAAAACCGUUCCUGGACAGCAGGACCCACCGUGGCACCUUGCCCAAAUUGGGAAUUCAACAGAAGACUCAAGGCCCCAGCCAGUAAAGGAAUCUUACCUCUCAGAGCCAACAGCUGCAUUUCAGGAAGGUUUUCAUCUGAAGGAAUUAGAAACUUCGGUAGUUCCUUGGGAGACUAAUUGGGAGGAAUCAGCCCUGGAACUUCAGCAUCCUGCGGAUGUGCCUUUAAUGGAGCUGCUGAAUUCCAGUUUUAAGCAAGGAAAUGAGUUUGAACAGCCCAGCAAGGUCCUGGGGACUCCUACCACUGCAGAACACACCUUCUACUUUGAAGAACCCAGGACAGAUUACUGGCCACUUCCUCCCUCAAGCAUCGAUGAGACAGCCAGUCGCACUCCUCAACUCUGGCUGGGACAUUUAAUGUUAGACUCAAACGAGCAGUUGCCAUUCAAGCCAGAGCAGUUGGUCUACAAGGAACUCGACUUCCAGGAGCCCUUUUGGGACUUGCCGAAGGAAGAGUCCAGCGGUGGUUAUCAGGGUCCUUACCAGAUCCCAGGUCCAGGUUACCAAGAAGCCAUGUUCAAAAACCCCCUUGGCAUGACGACUGAGGCUGGUUCAGAAGCCAACUGUGGAUUGACCAGCUUAGAAGUGGGAAGUUUCUCCCUCGAAGAACAACUGAGUACCCUGGAGUCCAUUUUUCCUCAGAGUUCACCUCAGGUGACGCCAACGACCCUUCCCGUGCCCACUCGGUGGCCAGAUUCCUGGUAGAGGCGGGAAGCCAGGACUUGGAAGUCAGCCAGGGCCUGAUGGAGAACCCCCUCAGAGAGCUGACUUCCAGUGAUAUUUUGUGGAAAUGCAUAGAAGCCUGCAUGGC